AUGACGGGGUUUGACGAAAAAGAUGAUGAGACCAUCAAGAAUUUAAUGUUUCAUUUUGAGAAACGUCCAGAUCGAUUUGUAAAGAUUAGUGAAUUCAUGCCGAAAUACACACCAAAACAAUUAUCUAAUCGUUGGAGAGACCAUCUCGAUCCUAAUAUAUGUAAGGAAGCUUUUACGGAGGAUGAAAAAAGAUAUAUUAUUGAACGGACUCCAAAUUACCGAAAAUCGAAUAAAAUUUGUUGGAAAGGUUUAAGUUCAGACAUGGAAAAAAUUUUUAAUAGGCGUCAUUCCAACCAUAAGAUCAAAAAUUAUUGGAAUGCAAAUCAAAGACGUCAGAAAAAGAAGAAUUCUAAGCUAACUGUUACCUUUCUUUUAAAUGAUGAAAAUGAAGCAAAUGGAGAAAAGAAAUCUAGUGCUUCGAUCAAAAAUGAUGGUCGAAUCCCUGUUACCUUUCUUUUAAAUGAUGAAAAUGGAGAAAAGGAAUCUAAUGCUUCGAUCUAUAACGAUGGUCGAUCUCUUUUUAAAUGA